AUGUCUAAUUCAUCAUUCUACGACUUUCAUUGCCCGCAGGGAGGCAAGUGGUAUGCCUGUGAUGCUGACAGUAAGAGCAAGUUUGUUGGUUGUUGCGGGAACGAUCCGUGUACCACUGGUUGCCAACAAGGAGACAUCCGCCCUGGUGGAUACAACGCUUCACAUCACGGAGAAUUCGCAGGCGCCACUUGCGGAACAGGCAGCCAGUUUUAUACAUGCGGCUUUGGAGACACUUUCUGGGGAUGCUGCAAACAUGAUGCAUGCAAAGCGACACCGGCGCCCUCAUGUGAGGGUGGAGACUUAGUUCCUGCCUUCCUGUCUCUACCAGAGCAGUUCGACGAAUACGCCCCUGAUGCCGCGAGCGCAACCCCAAGCGCAAGCUCUUCAUCGGGUGACGGAAAGAGCAACACUGGUGCUAUUGUUGGUGGAGUAGUCGGAGGUGUCGUCGGCCUUGCUAUAAUUGGACUGAUUAUCUUCUUCGUCCUUCGCAAGAGACGCAACCAGAAGCCUGCCGAAGGCGAUAUGGGGGCAGCGGCCAUGGUUCCAAUGAUGAACAAUGAGAAGCACGACCACAACAGGCACUCGUCACAGUUCAACGGCCAAUCACCACCACCUACGUACUCUGCGCCUAUCGGGGGUUCCUACCACGACAAUACCCCUACCAAGGGCCAUCAAUCAUACCACCAAUACGCCAGCCACGCAAGCGAACCCCAAGAGCUGCCGGCAGAGUUCCCUGAAUCUAGCACGCAACGGUACUCCGAACUUCCUGCUGGUGCAGAUAAUCGACGAUUUUCUGAACUUCCCGUCGAGGCUACAGGACCUGCACCCCCCUCCGAGUUGGAGUCACCGCAAGUGUCCCCUCGACCUGUACAAGCAGAAUUCCAGAAUGAUAUGGCUAAGCGAGCGAGUCAAGGACGAGGGUUGGGAGUGAUGACUGAGGAGGGACCGUCACAAAGGAACUAA